AUAUCCAAAGAGCCGAAGCAGGCAGGAUGUACAUUUUUAGCUAAGGUCUUUCAACAGGCAGCUUUGAUGACUUCUGAUUAAAUGCACAUGUGUAAGUGUUAGGGCAAAGGUACUCCUCUUCCUUUUUGAAAGCCUGUACUGCUUUCUAUCGUCGGUUUGGUGCUUAUGCCUCCGACACAGACGCUCUCCUUCAAUGAGACCAACUCUUCUAAGUAUCGAGAGAACCCCUCCUCCCUCACCACCCACUCACCCACACACAGACACAGACACACACAGAGAGACAGCUUUUGCCUCCGUCAGAUGUUCUGAAAGCAGACACAGGAUGAGACUGAGUAGAAUACCACCUCUCACAUGAUAAGAUGGAAAUGUGCCUGAAACAGUCGAUUCUGGUGUUCCUCGCAGUUGGGGUGGCCGGCAUGGUGGCAUCAAUGGAAACGUCCGUUUACGUGGAUGACAAAGAAAAAACUGUGGAGGUUGCCGCUGGUUCUAAUUUGAUUCUGCACUGCAACGUGACCUCGGCGACCUCGGUGAGAAGCCGAGUGGUUUGGAAUUUCUCCCCCUCUGGAUCAUCAGGCAAUGAUUCUCGCGUAAGGUCGCUCGUUGUGAUUAAUGGACCCACAAAUAACUCUGGUGAUCCUCAGAAGCACGACUCGAAGAUGAAAUGCCAAGACAAAAUGUGCACAAUAUCCGAAGUUGAUGAAACGGACAGCGGAUGGUAUUUCUGUCAUGACACAACUGAGAUUCCCUUUUUAGAUCAUAAAGGAAGCAAUGGAACAAAAGUAGUUGUUUGGGAGAACUUAGUGGAAAGUACUGCGUACCCGUCGCUAGUGGCAAAUACCUCAGAUGGUACAAAAGGCAGCAAUGGGGGCAACGACUUGUGGCUGUGGAUCCUGUUGGCGGUGUUUUCCGUCAUCCUGAUUGUCCUGCUCGUUAUAUUCAUCUUGCACAGAAGACAACGCAGGAGAAGCAGAGAGGAAGAUCCCAUCUAUGCCAACACUCGACCCGUGGCCCUCGGACAGCCCUCCCCUCAGCCCGGGGAGCCGGCGAAGAGCCUGAAGACGGCCCAUUCCUCUCAAAACCUCCGCUCCCACAGUCCUGCCGGGAGAUACGAAGAAGGGAGACGGAGAUACGAACGCUGAACGGGCACCUCUGACACCAGCCAGCCAACCAUACAGAUGUGUCAGCCUCUGGCCUGUCGAGUGGGACACGGCUCAAUGUUAUUCAGUCAUUUUGGACCGAGUUUGAAUUAUGUGGCCUAUCUGGUAUUAUGGACCACUAGAUGGCGGAGGGUGGACGCUGUAAGAUGUAGCUAAUAGAAUUUCCUUCUUCCUCCUCUUCUUCUUUUUUUUUUUUUUUUUUUUUUUUAAACAAAUGGUACUAUUUGAAUUAGUUGUUUUUAUUGUAAAUAUGUAGAACGUUUAAAACUGUUUUGUUAUGUAUACACAUACAGUGGUUGUAUUGAAAUGUUAAUGUUUUUGACCGUUUUGUGCUUAUUUUCACAUUAAAUCGUAUUAUUUUUGCUCG